AUGGAUUUGUCGUUAGAGGCCCAUCGUCUCAUCGUGAAGUAUGCGGGAAAUCGCACCGACAUCUGUAAUUUGUGCAGAGUUUCCAGAGGAUUCCAGUGUGCUGCGGAACGCGCGCUCUAUAAUACUAUUUACAUGAAAAAUACCGCUGACACAGUGACACUCUGCAAUCUCCUCGCAGAUCGCCCACGUCUCGCGAUUCUGGUCGAAGCAUUGACGAUAUAUGUUGAGGACGAGGAAAACGGCGACAGUGACAGCAGUCUUGUUUCUUCCCACCCCUUCUGGCUCGCUGUCUCUCUCGGGUUGCAGAAGGUUACGAGGCUCCGCUAUUUCAAUAUUCACAUGGACCGUAGCUGGGAUUCAUCAGCCUGGAUUCUGAGAAAUUGCACCUUUCGUCUGCGCACCUUUCACUGUGAUCUCCAGUGGGAUGACGAUCUUGUUUCGUUUCUCAAUAACCAGCCCGAUAUUGUCGACUUAUUCAUCGUAGAUUAUAACGCUUCCAACCGCACCUUUCACUCUGCAUCAUCCUCCGACACAUCUAGCCUAUGCCCAGAUGCCCUCAUUGAUCUUUCCAUAUUGGAAUGCACCUUUACAGAAGCUGCCUGUGCACUCGUUCCUAAUCGCCCAAUCACUCGUUUGAAAACUUGCUUUUCCCGCACCGUACUUCUCGAGAAGCGCGAGGAAAUGGCAACAUUACUUUCGAAACUUGAUUUAUCGACGUGCCCUCUAGUCUCGCUCGAUAUCGCCGAUUCCUCCUACUCUGAAUAUUUUUCCAUGGAGCUUCUUAGCUCUGUGGUGGAGCUUCAAAACCUGGUCCAAGAGUUGCACUAUCUGGGAACUCUAGUGCUUCCAGUAAUUGGUUCCGAGGUCCGAGUUGUCCACUAUUUUAUCGCAUACGUAUCAAUAACCCGUCUGAAGUUCUACGGGUUUCUCAGACGCUUUCCUCAACUCCAAUGCGUUGAGGUUGAUGUCUCUGACUGGGAUCCAUGUCCUUCUAAUCCUGCAGGACUGCGUGCACUGGCUAGCGAGCUGCGUUUAUACUGCCCUUCAAUAGCACGCACUAUAUUCGUCAUUGAUUUUGAAAGAACGGUAAUGACAUUUGUCCGUGGUCUGAUGGACUCUAACAAAUUGCCAUACCAUAAUUUACUUAACAACAAUAAAUUACAAAAUGGCGCAACGUAUACAAAGUACGCAGCACGUCCGGCCGGUAACCAGAAAGGAGGUCUGCGAGACAGUCAAGCGCACGAUGCCGACGCUUUCAUCACUUGCUCUGUGAUAGAUACCGAGGACGUGUCCCGUAAUGUUCGCGACAGCGCUUGA